AUGAGCUCAGUCAAACAACUCAACAGCAUCAUCCUCUCCCACAGACACCCAUAUCAUCCUCCAGGUGGGAGAGGGCCGCUUCACGACCACCGGACAAACCUUGACAGACCGCAGCACAUACUUUGCCUCUGCUAUCCGGGCGUGGGAAUACCCAGCAGCUGGACGGCCCAUAUUUCAUUUACGCUGAUCCGGGCCUGUUCAAGUAUAUCGUCUGAUACUUCCGCUACGGCGUGUGCCGGGUCUUCUACGACCACGCCCACGGGCCACAACUAUGGCGAGUAUCUUGCGCUCCUGCAGGAAGCGCGGUAUUUUGGGAUCGACGGGCUGCAGAAGUGGUUGGAGGACAAGUGGUAUCUGCUCACGGUGAAGAUCAAGAGAUCUGUGAGGCUGGAGGACGAGAUCGAUCUGUAUAUCUCGACUAUACAGCCUGCGAAUAUUGUGGAGGAGAUUCAUCCGCCGUGGGGGACGAGGAUGGUUUAUAUCUGCCCUCGGGGGAUUGGGGCGCAUAGGGGAAGCCCUAGGGUGUGUGGGAGGAAGCGAUUGAAUGUUCAAGAUGGUGAGGAUGAUCUGUAUACUGAUGAACCGUGGUUGACCGGUCUUGCGGUUGUACGAAGGACGACUGUUUUCGAUAUGGAGCAGUGCUUUGCGGGUUCUGUCUCUGGUGUUUGA